UAAAGACAAACUUUACCCCUAAAACGUUCUACACAUGCCUACUUUUGGAUCAUGGUCCACUGGAUUUUUUAGUUGCUUCUCUGAUUGUAGCUCUUGUUGUCUCACUCUAUGGUGCCCCUGCAUUAGCUUCGGAAGGGUGGCUGAAAUUGUGGACAGAGGAACAUCUUCUUGUUGUGUGCAUGCAAUGCUAUAUUGUCUACUUGGUGGUUUUUCUCAAUUUGGGUCACUAUACGCAUGCAUUUAUCGUACAAAAUUAAGGAAGUUUUAUGGGAUUAAAGGAACACAAUUUUGUGAUUGUGUGGCAAGUUGUUGUUGUGUCUCAAUUUCCAUUUGCCAAGAGUAUCGUGAGCUAGAAGCACGUGGUUUCGACGUCUCUGUUGGUUGGGAUAAGAACAUGCAAAUGCGUACCCGAGGGGCGAUGGAGGCUCCAAUUAUUGAAUUUGGCAUGUUUCGUUAUUAGCCAUUUCAUUCAUAUAUUCCAUUUUAAUCAAUAUUUUUUAUUUUAUUGAAUUUUAGUAAAAAGAAAAUUACAUGAAACCCAUCUUGGCCUACAUGAACCUCUCCCUAAGAUGGUAUCUGCUUUUGAAAAUCUUCCCUAAUAAGGAUUGUUCUCCAUUCAAAAGUCUCCUUCAUGCUGAUAUAUCUUUCGAAUGGAACAUUAGGGAA